AUGAACUCUUACUUCGAACAGAGUGGCUUCUACGGUGGUCACCAUCACCAGAGUACUGGUUCUGUCACAGGAGCACAUCAUCAUGACCACCAAAGUGCUGCAGCAGCAGCAGCGUACAGAUCCUUUCCUCUCAGUCUUGGUAUGUCACCUUAUGCCUCCAGCCAACACCACCACGCUCAUUCCUUACACCAAGCGAGACCUCCACAAGAUUCCCCGUAUGAUGCCUCAGUAGCAGCUGCCUGCAAACUUUAUUCCUCGUCCACAGAUAACCAGCAAAAUUCAGUAAAUUACAGCUCGUCGAAUCCAAAAUCGGACUGUUCGAAAGGCAACGCGGAUCAGAAUGGCUACGCCUCGGUGGUGGCAGCGGCAGCGGUAAAAGACGUUUGGCAAAGUGCAACUUCCGGUGGUGGUGCAAAUCUAUCCAACAGUCUAGCAGGACCCGUGCGUCCUGCUGCGUGUACCCCAGACUCUAGGGUGGGUUACGGUUCCUCGGUUGGACUUGUCGGGGGUGAUCCGUCUUCCAGUCCUGGAGCUGCCACGGCCAGAACUGGAAACUCCUUGUCGUCCUGGAACAACCCUUGCUCCCUGAACUCUUCUUCAUCGCAGCCAGUCGGGACGCAGAUACACCAACAGUCGAACCACACGUUCUACCCCUGGAUGGCAAUAGCAGGUAUAGGAGGUAUGCACCUGAUACGCAAACAGACAACAAAUAUCUCCUCACUCGCAAGACGAUGGGGCUAUUCAGAUGAUAAUUUCCUUGGAAUAAUGGAGAGAGUGCACCAGUCUCGACAACGGGAGUUUUAUCCAGACUUGUGUGUGCCACCGGACCCAGUCCGGAUGAGCGAUGACGUAUUACCUUGCCCCAGUCAAGUUGCACACUCCCUUGUAAUUUACACUGGCUGGAAACGUGGUGGGACUGCUUUGGCUGGCGUUCGGUGUGUGUACGAAAGCAUUUGCCAGGAGGAUCGAGAUCGAUGAUGUGCGGUAGGUCAUGUUUUUGG